AUGGAGCAACAGAGAAACAAGAGGGUGGUAUUAAGUGUGUUUGAGCCACGCUUUGAGCAUGGGAAACGCUACCAUUACAAGUAUGUCGCCGACGUUGUCACCACAGUGCAAGGAUAUGAGAUGGGAAGAUCUGUUGUGAGGCUGACUGGAGGGCUAGAUAUCUAUGGAGGGGAUCAGGAAAAUAUUCUCAAGAUUGCAUCUCUAAAAGUUGAAGAUGCUGUCGGAAUCUUUCCAGGAGAGCCUCCAUUUGCUGCACCCUCCAGGCAACCUGAAUCACUUAUUGCUUGCACCAAAUAUUCUUUCGUGUUUGGCUACGUCAAUGGCAAGGUUCAGAACAUCCGUGUGCCAAGAGACCCACCUCUGCCUUGUGUGAAUCUUGUCAGAGGCUUCCUGAACGGAUUUUCCAUGUCAAUUAAAAACCAGAAAGAGUAUGAGCUACAAGAGGAUGGAAUUGGAGGUGAGUGCCACACAAGAUACGUCAUCCGGGAUGACAGGAGGAGCAGCACAGUCCUUGUUUCUAGGACCAAAGACUCAAACAACUGCAGGAACAAAAUGGAGCGCAGCAUUGGAACAUUCUUCAUCCACCGUAACCCCAACUGCCUGCUGCAAAACAGGGUGAUCCAAGGGACUGAAGCUUUCACCUUCAAACUGAAAUACAAUCCCUCUGGAGCUAACGCUCAGAUCAUGCAAGUCGAUGCUGAACAAGUCUACCAGCUUUCUCCAUUCAGUGGAGCUGAGGGUGCCGGAGUUAUGAAAGCUACGUAA